AAGUGCCUUUAUUAAAGCAUUUAACUACCUCUUUAUUACUCAACUCCUCUAAUUUCUUCUUUUAACUUUCUCUCCCAUACCCAAAUUUAAUUUCUUUACAAUUAUCUCUCAAAUGGGUAUCAAAAUUUUCAUAAUUUCUUCUAUCAUAACCUCAACAUUGUUCUUUGUUUUUUACAUUCCCACCAAAUUAACCAUAUCAUUACCAACCUCAAACAUUAGGCCAAAAAUUAAUAACAUUUUUAAUAUUUCCAAUACCAACAAAACAUAUCCAAUUAGUUUUGCUUACUUGAUUUCAGGUUCAAAGGGAGAUUCUUUGAAGAUUAAAAGAUUGUUGAAGGCUUUGUAUCAUCCAGGGAACUAUUAUUUAAUUCAUAUGGAUCAUGGUGCCCCAAAUAAAGAUCAUAAGGAUGUGAUUAAAUAUGUGACUAAUGAACCUAUUUUUGGUCAAGUAGGAAAUGUUUGGAUUGUAAAAAAAAGUAAUUUUGUUACUUAUAGAGGUCCAACUAUGCUUUCUACAACUCUUCAUGCUAUGGCAAUGCUUCUUAGGAGUUGUCAAUGGGAUUGGUUUAUUAAUCUUAGUGCUUCUGAUUAUCCUUUGGUAACACAAGAUGAUUUGAUUCAAGCCUUUUCUGGGGUUCCAAAGGAUAUUAAUUUCAUUCACCAUAGUAGUCACUUGGGUUGGAAAUUUAACAAGAGAGGGAAGCCAAUAUUUAUAGAUCCAGCCCUUUAUAGCAACAAAAAGUCAGAGAUUUGGCAAGUCAAUAAACAGAGGAGUCUCCCAACAGCUUUUAAACUCUACACAGGUUCAGCUUGGACAAUGCUAUCAAGAUCAUUUGUUGAGUAUUGCAUUAUUGGUUGGGAAAAUUUACCAAGGAUCCUCCUCCUAUACUACACUAAUUUUGUGUCAUCACCAGAAGGUUAUUUCCAAACAUUAAUAUGCAAUUCUAAAGACUACAAAAACACCACAGCUAAUAGUGAUCUACAUUACAUUACUUGGGAUAAUCCUCCAAAACAACAUCCAAAAUCUCUUGGACUCAGAGAUUAUAGGAAAAUGGUUUUGAGCAAUCGUCCAUUUGCUAGAAAAUUUAAGAGAAAUGAUAUUGUUCUUGAUAAAAUUGAUAGAGAGCUUUUGAAAAGGCAUCAUGGACAAUUUUCUUUUGGAGGAUGGUGUUCACAAGAUGGAAAAAAUAGAACAUGUCAUGCUUUGAAAUUUGAGAAUUAUGGUGUUCUUAAGCCUAGUUUGGCCUCAAAAAAGUUGAAAAAUAUGCUCUCAAAUAUUCUUUCUCUUAAAAAAUUUCACAAACAACAAUGUCGGUAACCUUCUGAACUCGAAUGCUGACACAUACAUCAUAUAUGACACAUAAAUUGACACGUUGAUAUCGAUAUUAAUUUAAAAUAAUGAAUUAAAUAAAUGUAAUCAAUAUAUAAAUAUUUUGUUGACGGCUUGUAAAAAAUUUCAUUAUAAUGGAUACAUUUUGUGAAUAUAGAAAUAAUAUGGUUA